AUGUCGCGCCAUCUGCGCUGUCUGCCUGCGGUGGGGCGAGUGUACAAGCCCGCCGCGCGCAUCCCCGCCGGGGCGCUCGCCAGGACUUCUCGUGCGCCCCAACGGCGUCUUCCCUACCCGCGCACACCAGAGGUAUAUCCCAGCACAGAGAACCCGCCGACGGCAAAACGCGUGCGUUUCGCACGCGCGACGCGGACAUUCCUCCCUGGCAACCCCACGGCAUCCGCGCGUCCUGCCGCUGGACACCGUAACCGCGCGCUGCUCGCACGCGCAAUGACCGCGGGCCCAGGCCCGGGCACCGCAUGUCCGAACGUCCCCGCACGGCGGGGCGCAAGCGGGACGGCGCAGGCAUGGCGCAUGUGGGCCGAGCCUGCCGUGUUGCCCGACGUCGCGGCGUCCUUCGUGCUGCCACUGCUCGCGGACGCGAGCGCAGGUGAGAUGGCUCCAAAUGCAGUGUUCCAUGCGCUGCUGCGCGUGUCGGCGGCAUUUGUACACGGCAGAUUACGUGCGCCUGGAGACACUCUGGAGGACCCCUCUUCUCGCUACUCCCGCCGCCCGCCGCCCGCCACUCGCCACUUGCUGCCCGACAACCUGGCAUCUAGACGACAGCCCCCAACUGCGCCUGCAUCCAACCGCCGCCAGUGCUUCAGACCGAUGACAAGAGCACAGAUUGUCUGCAUCGUUGCGGUGGAAUCACUCGGGCAAGCCAGCUUGCCGCAAUGCACAGAUGGCGAGACACCAUGGCCUACAGAUGACACAUCUCGGUAA